AUGACAGACAAAACCUCUAAGGGAGAGGGAGCGGCGGCCGUAACCGACCUGCAGGAACAUUGGACGGGGGAAUCCUUACAGCCAAACUCACCGAUCAACCUUAUCGAAUUCCUCCACGAAUCGGAUGAGGCGGACACUCUAACCAUUGACGAUUUGGAGACGGCGCCCGCCGAGAUGGAGGAUGAUUACCCCGAGGUCCAGGACCCGUUAUUAGAAAUAAAUGUCGGGACCGAGGCCGAACCACGGCCUCUUUUUGUAAGCCAGCUUUUGAAUCCUGAGUUAGCAGCUGAAAUUAUCAGCCUGCCCCACGAAUAUAAAGACUGUUUUGCUUGGGAUUAUCAUGAGAUGCCUGGAUUACCAAGAGCAGCCGAGGCGAUUCUCGACCGAAGUACAGCUGGCCCAAAGGGCUCCAUCGGUUGUCUGCUGGCCCAGAACAACGAAUCUGAGCGAGAGCAAGCAGUGCAUUAUCUGAGCCGCACCCUCAACAUGGCCGAGCUCAACUACUCACCAAUCGAGAAGUUAUGCUUAGCGCUUUAUUUCGCGGCUACCAAGUUGCGCCAUUAUAUGCUUCCUUCGGUCGUUUAG